CCAAACAGAAAAGUCUUUCCUUUCUUUCUUUCUUUCAAGUUCCAUCUACCCCCCCUCCAACGCAAUUUGUGAACCACAGCCCCCGCUCGUGCGAGCCGUGGCUCCAGUCCCUCCCAAAAAGCUCGACCCUCCCGUGCCAAAAUAUGCCAUCGAAUCUUCCUUUCCCUCGCGUUAUUCCUUCUGCUGCUCUACAUAUUCCCCCAACCUCCGAUCAGCAAGUUUAGUCCCACAUCGACGGAAGACAGAGACAACGAUGGAAACAUUAAGCUUCGCCUCUUUCUGCUGCCUCAACAGCCUGAACCGCACCCCUUCGACUCUCCUCGUCUCCUCCUCCUCCUCAUUCCCCAGAUCCCGCAAACCAAAUUCCUCGAUCCCAACCCCCCCAUCUCCGCAGCCGAUUCGCCGGCCACACGUAGAUCGAUGGAGCAUCCCGGGGCCCACGUCAGCACCGGCGGUGUCGUACGUCCCAGGCCGGGGGCAGAGGAGCAAUGUCGGCGGCCGAGGCCUUGAUGAGCUGGAGCUGUUUCUCGAAUUGGUCCCUUUGAGAAUGAGGAGGGAAUUGGCUCAGCAUGAAGAGGUUAGGAGUUUGAUUGAAGUUGUUAUGGAUUUGGGGAGAAAACCCAUCGCUCGAUUCCCCUCUGGCGACUGGAUAAUCUCGCAGAAGCUCGUCGAUUUACUGGACUUGGAGCAUGCAGUGUCAAAGGUUGGUGAGUUUUCGGAUGACAACAGGUCUGGGAUCAAUCAUUCCCUGCACAGGAUCAGUGCUAUUAGGAACAGGAAGAUGCACAUCAUCGGGCUCACUUGUCGAGUUGGGCGAGCGAUCUCGGGGAGUGCGGAGAUGAUUCGUGAUUUGGUCGAGGGCGGAGGUUCUAUCUUGGUUAUUGGGCCUCCGGGUGUUGGCAAGACUACAUUGAUAAGAGAAAUAGCAAGAAUGCUUGCAGAUGAACACUUGAAACGUGUUGUCAUAGUAGACACUUCUAAUGAGAUUGGGGGUGAUGGUGAUGUACCUCACUCUGGCAUCGGACGUGCAAGGAGAAUGCAAGUCCCCAAUGUUGACUUGCAGCACAAUGUUAUGAUUGAAGCGGUUGAAAAUCAUAUGCCAGAAGUCAUUAUAAUUGAUGAAAUUGGGACAGAACUUGAAGCUAUGGCAGCAAGUACUAUAGCCCAGAGAGGAGUACAGCUAGUUGGAACCGCACAUGGAGUGACAAUUGAGAGUAUAAUUAAAAACCCAUGCUUGCAGUCUCUUGUUGGUGGGGUAGAGAGUGUUACACUUGGGGAUGAUGAGGCAAGAAAAAGGAAAGUUCAAAAGACAAUACUUGAGAGGAAAGGACCUCCCACAUUUACCUGUGCAGUGGAAAUAGUGUCCAAGACUCAAUGCAGAGUUCAUCACAAACUAGAAGCAACUGUAGACGCUAUUCUUGCAGGAAAGUCUCCUUUGGUUGAAGUGCGUAAUUCGUCUUCCAAAGAUAUUGAUUCUAGUUCUCUACCUGAGAAAUAUAAGAAAGAAGAACUAUCCAUCAUUGCCGAAAAGGAGAAUAAUACUGAGAUACACACUUCUGAAGAUGAAAGUGACUAUAUUGUAGGAAAUACCAAGAAAGGUAGUAGAAAAGCAACUGUUGCAAGGAGUUCACCUGUGCGUGUAUACACUUACAAGAUCUUGGAAGUUGAUCUACUUCAGGUAGCACAAGUGAUGGGACUUGAGACUGAUAUAGAUGUAAUCGAUGACAUUGCAUUGGCUGAUGCAAUUCUUGCAUCAAGUUCUGAAAUGAAACUAAAUCCCUGGAUUCGUGGUGUUGCAAAAUAUUACAAACUGCCAGUAUUUGUUAUCAAGGAAAAUACCAUGGCACAGAUGGUAAAAGCAGUCAGAAUGAUUCUCAAAAUGCAUUCUUCUGGAUAUGUAAAGAAUGAAUCUCUUAAUUCUGUGGAAAGAGAUAUUGAGAUUGAAGAUGAUGCCCCCAAGAGAAAACCCUCUUUGGAGGAGAUGGAUGCCUUGGAGGAGGUUCGACUAGCCAUUGAAUAUAUUGUUAUUCCCGGAGGAGAACCGGUAGAACUCCUGCCUAGAUGCUCAGAGAUAAUUGCUCGUCAAUUGGAGCUUGUCGAAAGUUAUCAGCUAGCAGCAGAGAAAUCAGGCACAGAAUUAAACUCAAGGUUGCAGAUUCUUCCUCAGAAGUUAAACAAGAGAACUGUUAAAUGCACUGCAUCAAGGCGCAGUAAACAACAGGGUAUCAAUUUGCCAACCAGUGGGAAUGCUGGUGUUAGUGUUUCUAGGCUCCCACUUUUGCCUGAGUAGAUAAACACACAACAGAGUUUUGGAGUCCACUGAGAACUUUCCGAAACGGACGAAGUACAUGCCUAACCUGGUUGGGUAUAAUUUUGAGAUGUCAUGUUAGAAGCAUAUGCAGGAGCGAGAAAGGCUGCAUUUAGGCAGUACACCAACGGUCAGCUUUACAGAAGUGAGUACGGGCCUGUUUGGUUGCUUUCCAUACUUUCUAAGAACAUGUUUCCUAUAUUUUUUUUCGUGUUUUCUUUACUUUCAUCGAAAAGUAUUUCUUGUUUUUGUUUGGCCAAAAAAUGUGGGGUAUAAGUAAUGUCCACAAC